ACGUCACAUUUAAAAGCUUUAUUGAUCGCCGCGCCGCCGGGAGUUGUUUAUUUUAAUCGAUAAGAAGAUCAAAGUAUUUAAAUCAUUUUAUCUAAAUAAGAGUUAGUAAAAUUUGUGUAAAGAGUUUUUAUUCAAAAAAUGUCUGCAAAAGAAGAACAACCUAUGCCCGAUGUGGCAAGAUAUGACUACUACCGCAUGUACUAUGUUAACAUAGACACCGAAAAACAUGUACAAAUCCUAAAGAAAUUGGAAGAAAUAAGUGAUAGUUGUUCAUUUAUUGGCCAUGCCAGGGAGCCGGGUCAAAAGCUAACCAUAAUGGUAGCUGCUCAUAAAGUUCCAGAAUUUGUUGAUCUCCUUAAGACCUACGAUGUGAAACAUCGAGUUUUGACCUAUAACUUCCAAGAGAAAAUCGAUAAGAAUUUAAAAUCAGUCCUACCGAAAGGAGUUGAUUUGAAUAAAUUCGAUUGGCUGCAUUAUUUUCAUUUGGAAACAAUAUACGAAUGGAUGGAGAAAUUGGUUGCGCAACACAAAGAAGCCACAUUAUUAGAUAUGGGUUUGAGUACACAAGGCUUACCAAUUAAAGGCAUUAAAAUAUCUCACAAUUCUGAUAACAAGACGAUUUUUAUCGAGAGCGGUAUACAUGCUAGAGAAUGGAUUGCUCCCGCUACAGCAACGUAUAUUAUAAAUCAGUUGCUAACAUCAGCGGAUGAGAGAGUGAAGAAACUUGCAAGUAAUUAUAAUUGGAUUAUUUUCCCAUCUGUUAAUCCGGAUGGAUAUAAGUACUCAUUUGAAAGCGAUCGCAUGUGGAGGAAGAAUCGCCAACUAUUUGGAGUUUCUCGUGGUGUGGAUCUCAAUCGAAACUAUCCUUAUCAUUGGAACGAAAUCGGAUCAAGUUCUGAUCCAAGUCGUUAUGAUUUUUGUGGUCCGUCGGCAGCUAGUGAAAUAGAAACACAAAAUCUUAUUAAAUUUCUAACUGACAAUUCCGAGUCGGAGAAGAUUCGCACUUAUAUUGCUCUUCAUUCAUACUCUCAAUUAUUGAUGUUUCCUUAUGGCUUCACGCCCGAUCAUGUUGAUAACUACGAUGAUUUGAAAGCUAUUGGAGAAAAGGCAACUAAGGCAAUUAAAGAAACCCAUGGAAGGGUUUAUAAUAGUGGAAGUAUGUAUGAAACGAUUUAUCCAUCGAGUGGUGGAAGUAAGGAUUGGGCCCAUUCGAUGAUGAAGAUACCGAUUACAUUUACGUUUGAACUACGCGGGCCACCAGAUACCCAGGAUCUAUUUAUUCUGCCAUCAGAAGAGAUUCUACCAACUGCAGAAGAAGCUUUUGCUGCAAUUCUAACCAUUGUUGAAGAAUCUGAUGCAAGGGGUUACUAUAAUUAGAUGGUAACCCACCUUUUUUUUUCUCGAGCUAUAGGGAUUUAUUUUCUAGUUUGUAAUUAGAAGCAUUUAAAUAUCCAUUUUGAGGUUUUUUGUAAAAUUAAUAAUCGGAUUCAUUUCAAUAAAUAGGAAUUAAUUUAAAUAGUUA